AUGGUUUUUGCUGUCAAUUGUCUUGCCAAUCGGUCAGCUGAACAGGGAAUUACGGGAUUGGCCGAUGAAACAUGUGGUAUCACCAGAUGUGACGAUAAUACAUGUGCUACUUAUGCAACCAAAUCUGAUAAAGCGAUAUUUAAAUCAAUCAAAUUGAGCGCACAAUUCAAGACUAACUAUACCUACCCGAGCGUUACGGCCAACGAAUUGUCAUUAGUUCCGAAACAGUAUUGGAGUUAUAAAAGUGAACGUAAAAUAGGAACCGAAGUGAACCUAUCGGUCACUGAUUUCCCACAUCCUAUAGUAUCUGUUGUAAUAUGUGAGCCAUCUAUUGGUGCCGAUUGUUUCAGAGCAGCCGUCUAUGAGGGACCGAUUCUGGGAAAUUCAAUGGUAGACAAACCAUACGAAAUCAUAAAUAAAAAUCUACUGUUUUUCAAACAAGUGGCCAACAAAGCCAAACAAUAUGGUUCAAAUAUAUUAGUAUUUCCCGAAUAUGGUCUAAUAGAUCCACCCUAUAAUCGCACCAUUUUAUCCACUGUUACUGAAAAAAUACCGGAUCCCAGAAAAGGUGUUUAUAAUGGAUGUGAUAAACGAGAUAAAUCGCUGCAUAUAACUGUAGCCCUGAGCUGUUUGGCUAAAGACAAUGAUAUUUAUAUUGUUGCCGAUUAUGGCGAUCGAAUAGAUUGCAAUGUAAUCACCGAUAAAAACUGUCCUAAAGAUGGUUAUUAUCUGUACAACACUGCCGUUGCAUUUGAUCCAAAUGGUUUAAUAGUAGCAAAAUAUCAUAAAAGACAUCUAUUCAGACUCGGGGAACAAAUUUACUAUAACUAUCCGCCAACUGUAGAGUUUAGCUAUUUUGAUACACCAUUUGGUAGAAUAGGAAUCAUGAUAUGCUUUGAUCAAGUAUGGUGUGAUUCCGGCACUGGACUUGUGUCCAAAUAUGGUAUUAAUACAAUGAUUCACGAAGGAUGGGCUGUCAAUAAUCGGAUUAAUUUUUUAGCAGCUAAUAUACUCAAACUUUCUAUAGGAUCUAUAGGAAGUGGUAUAUAUUCGGGUGAAAACGGUCCCAUAAUAUUUAMYGAUCAAAAUAAUAGAAACGGAAAGUUACUCAUUGCUGAUAUACCGGUUAAGAGUGACAACAGUAGAGCUUCGUGUUUGACAACCAAACAGUUUAACAAAACCAUAACAUUUGAUGAAAUCAAAGUUAGCGGUCAUUACAAACCAUAUCUAAUAUAUCCAACAAAAGAUAUCGCAUUCGUUCAAUUGAAAGAUCAAAACGACUCAUUAAAUGUAUGUAAUAAUGGUUUUUGCUGUCAAUUGUCGUAUUCAUUGGUCAACCCGUCAUUCGGUGACGAAUCGUAUUAG